GUCUAUGGUUAGGAACCUUAGGAACCUUCCUAAGCAAAAAAGACUUUUCGAACGCAACCUCCCUUUUCACCCGCGUUAUUUUUCCUCCCAUCACAGUUUCGACAACUCUGGCUCUGAUUGGCUAGUACUCGUUGCCUCCGUUAGUUAGAUUGGUUAAGAUCAAGUUUAGGGUUAGGGUUAGCCAACAGAGGCAGAGCAGAGGGGCAGGACUUGACGUCUUCGUCGACUUUCAUUGACGUUUUUAUGUAAUCUCGGAUGGCUGCGCGAAAUACAAAGCGACAGGAAUUUACCCUGUUUAACUUUAGUGACCGUCCCGAGCUUUGGUGAGAAAUAUACACCAGUGGUUUUAUAUUUUAUCCGACCACCCCUUCGGUGAUGGAGUACGGGAAGGAGAGAGUGGUGGCGUUAGUAGACAUGGACUGCUUUUACGUGCAGGUGGAGCAGAGGCUCAAUCCGGCUCUGAGGAACACUCCCUGUGUGGUGGCCCAGUACAAGACGUGGAAAGGAGGCAGUAUCAUAGCUGUGAGCUACGAGGCCAGGGCCCAAGGUGUCACCAGGAACAUGUGGGUGGAUGAUGCAAAGAAUCGGUGCCCUGAUCUCCAGGUGGCACGGGUGCGCGAGUCUCAUGGCAAGGCAGACCUGACAUAUUACAGGGAGGCCAGUGUGGAGGUCAUUGAGGUGAUGUCUCGCUUUGCCGUGAUUGAGAGAGCCAGCAUUGAUGAGGCCUACAUGGAUCUGACUGCUGCAAUCCAGCAGCGGCUGAAAAACAUAACCGACAAAGAAAUUGACCCUCGCCUGCUGAGGACUACCUACAUCCAGGGCUACCCACAAAGUUCCCCUGAGCACGAAGCAUCUGCUGAGGAUGCUGCCAUGGAUAAAGAGGAGCAGAGGUCCAUAGGUCUCCAGAAGUGGCUGGCAUCCUUACCCGUCCCUCCAUUAGGGGAGCAGAACUCUGCAGAACUGCAGCUAACUGUGGGGGCCCUCAUUGUCGAGGAAAUGAGGGCAGCCGUGGAGGAACACACAGGUUUCCGCUGUUCGGCGGGGAUAUCUCACAAUAAGGUGUUGGCCAAACUAGCCUGUGGUCUGAACAAACCUAACCGACAAACUGUUCUGCCUUUGGACUCUGUGACAGAACUUUUCAGUUCUCUGCCCAUCAGCAAGAUUCGUAACCUGGGGGGUAAGCUGGGUGCUUCCAUCACAGAAACUCUGGGAAUAGAGAACAUGGGAGACGUUACUCGCUUCUCUCAGGCCCAGCUGGGACAGCACUUUGGAGAAAAGACAGGCCAGUGGCUGUUUGACUUGUGUCGGGGGAUUGAGUUUGAACCAGUGAAACCCAGACAGCUUCCUAAGUCCAUCGGGUGCAGUAAAAACUUCCCUGGGAAGACAUCACUGGCUACAAAAGAGCAGGUACAGUACUGGCUUCAUCAACUGGCCCUUGAGCUGGAGGAGAGACUGACCAAGGACAGAGAAGUGAAUGGUCGCACGGCUAAGUUGUUGACUGUUGGCGUACGUCAGCUUGGGGAUAAGAGGCCGAGUAGCUUCUCUCGCUGCUGUGCUUUAGUGCGGUACGACGCAACCAAACUGGCAAGUGACAGCUUUGCCAUUAUCAAGAGCCUCAACAUGGCAGGAAACCACCAGGCAGCAUGGACUCCACCGCUCACCCUGCUCCACCUCUCAGCUAGCAAAUUUAGCGACGCUCCAUCAGCAGGGGGGAUUGCUGGCUUUCUUUCCAGUGAUGUCACUUCAACCCAGAGCCUUUUCUCUGCCACUCAGUCCUCCACCCAGCCAUCCUCUGAACCGAAAAAUGACUCCACAUGCAAACAGUCCGGCACCAUCCAGUCCUUCUUUCAAAAGGCAGCUGAGAAACAAAGACUGAAGGUUACUAAAGACGUAGACGAGGAGGAUGAAGAUGAUGUAGGCUGCACAGGAAUUCUACCAUCUUCCUCCUCUCACAAAACAUCUGCUUCUGACACUCAGUUGGAGACAGAUACCAAUUUCCCUGUUUCUUCCGUUACUCAUUUUCACUCUAAAAAUGGUUCAGCCAGCCCCCAUUCUGGCAAAUCCUCUUUCUUCCACAAGAAGACUCUUGAAAGAAGCUUUCAGGACAAGCCUGAAACAGGACCUGGGCCUGUCAAUGAAGAAGAAUCUGUAGACACUGUUGCUGCUGUGUCAGGGGAUGAACUGGACAUUGAUCCCGAGGUCAAUCCCCAUCCUUCCAUAGUGGCCAGAGAAGACUUGUUAAACUGUGAACGUUGUGGCCAGGAGGUGUCUGUUUGGGAAAUGCCUGAACACAAUGACUAUCAUUUUGCGCUGGACCUCCAGAAUUCCUUCUCCUCAUCCGCAGCUUCAGCAAACAUCUCUUCAUCUUCCUCCAGUGUCUCUCUAACUCCUCUCAGAGCAGGAGCAGCAGGCACAGCCCAGUCCUCCCGGGGAAAGACAAAAACCAGAGGCCAGUCAGGACCCCAACCGAAAAGGCAUCGCUCCCAGGGUGGAAGUACGGGCACUCUGGAUUCUUUUUUCAAGAGGACAUGAAGACGUGUGAAUUUUUUAAUUGAAUAUAUGUCCUAAUGAUCAAUGUUAUUGGGAUUUAUAUGAUAAGAAUAAGAAUGUGUACAAAUUAAAGGAAGUUUUUAUAUGUAA